AUGCGGUCGCCGCGCGAGGCGUUCGCGCUCGAGGCGUCGACGACGACGCGCGCGACGGCGCGCGCGCGCGCGACGAAGGCGGUGGAGAGCGCGAGCGACGCGCUGAUGCGAACGGUGAGGAAAGACGCGGGAUCGGCGAGCGCGAGAGAUGGACGAAUGGAUGGGAAGUGGCUGGUGGCGGGGACGAUGAAGGGGACGUCGACGCGCGAGGAGGAUUUGAAGGUUCGGUUUUGGAACCUGUGGGGGGGGUCGAAGGCGUGUCGGACGGUGAUGACGAAGAGCGCCCGAAACAGCGCGUAUAGGAAUCCAGAGCGGUUGGAGCGGGCGGUGUUGAAUCUGGAUCGAGUGGCGCCGUUCGUGGACUCGCCGAUGUUGUUGCAUCGCGCGCCCGAGCUGUUGGAGUACCCGACGGAGGAAAUCGUCCGACGGUUGGUGCGGAUGAAGUUUCUGUUCGCGGCGGUGGAUGUUGGGUUCGUGGCGACGCAGACACCGAGUUUGUUGUUGCUCGAGCCCGAGACGUUGGCGCGAGCGGUGGGCGCGUUCGCCGACGGCGACGUCGCGACGCUCGCGGCGCGAGUCGCCGAAUUCGUCGAACGCGACGGUAUCGAUGCGUUUGCGGCGCUUGGAACGAUGACAUCGCGCGUGGAAGCGGCGAACGAAGCCGUGACGAGUGUUUAA